CUGAAAAUAUGGAUAAAUUCAGUCAUUGUAGGGUUAAAGUAAUUUGAAGAGGGAGAAGCGUAUAAACAAGUCAAUGACGAGUCAAUGACUUGAUGCAUUCUGCAUUUUUAACUCGGUUAACUUAACUUUUUUUUUUUACUGACUUUAAUACAUUUAAAUCGCUACGUUGUUUGAUAAGUAGAAUGGAAAUGACUUUUUUUGUAAAUGGUCUUGUAAAUUAGCGUUUUAUAAAUCAACUGAAUUGAAUUAAGAAAUUUGACCUUCGGAUUGGACUGAAGAGAAAUGAUGAGCAAUGUUUUUUGGGUUUGUGUUUUAUAAAGCAAAGAUUGGUAUUUUUGUAACAUCAAAAGUUCAUUUUUGAGGCAAACAGAAAAUCCAGCUUAUUAUAGUUUACUAGGACUAACAACCCCCGGACAAAUUCGGAAAAAAAUUCUGCAAAGUGGGUGGUGCUUUAAGGAACAUUGAGACAGAGCCUAGUGUGGGGCCACAUGUAGAGGGGAUAAGCAAGGCUGUAGUAAGCGCCGUUACCAAUUUGGUACUUUGUGGUUAUAGUUUUCUCCAAGUUGCGCUUAAGAAAGUAUGAACAUGGGCAAAACUGAGAAACUCUAUCAAUCAACCAACUGGACAUUGAAGUAUGUCACCGGAGAUUUGUUCUCCUGUCCACGCGAUGAAUCCUUGGCCCACUGCAUCAGUGAAGACUGUCGCAUGGGAGCAGGCAUAGCGGUGAUGUUCAAGAUGAAGUUUGGUCGAGUCUCAGAGUUAAAGAAGCAGAAGAAGCUGCCGGGGCAGUGUGCUGUCCUGACACAUGAUCAACGUUUCAUCUACUAUCUGAUCACAAAGAAAAAAGCCAGCCAGAAACCCACGUAUGUCAACCUAAGACAGAGUCUGGAAGACAUGAAAUCUCACUGCUUAGAAAAUGGUGUCAAUAGGAUAUCAAUACCUCGAAUUGGCUGUGGCCUGGACCAGCUGCUGUGGUCAAAGGUGUCAAAGAUCCUGGAACAGAUCUUUAAAGAGACACAUAUCUCCAUCACAGUGUACAGCCUGCCCUGUGUUGGGUCAAAGCUUCAAAUGCAUGCCGUGUAGUACAUUUUCAUUGUGGGUUUUUUAGCUUUAAAUCCUUUAUAAUCUCUUAAAAUUUUGGAUGAAAUCAACACUCCUUAAACAGUUUUAAGGAAACAAUAAAUAAGGAAACAAUAAAAACCUCCCCAUAAGAUGUUUAGAUACAAGACUUUUAACAUCCCACUGAUGUAAAAAAUGAUGUUUCUUGCCAUUAAAGAUACGAAACUUA